AUGGGCACCUUGCAGCUCAUCACAAUCACCACGGUAACGGUGGGUAAGAUUCUCCUAUGCUCCGCCAUUGGUCUCUUUGUGUCUAGGUUCUUUACUGCGCCGGAGCAGAGCGUCAAGGGGCUUAGUGUUAUUUCCGUGCUUAUCUUUCUACCUUGUCUCCUCUUCUCCAACCUGGUCCUGCGCGUCACAUGGGAAGAGCUCCAUCAGUUCUACUGGGCACCACUUCUGGCAUGUCUGCCCGCUUCCCUCGGCUUCGGAUGUUCGAAGGUGUUUAAGUUGCUUCUUCCACCGCAUUGGCACGGUGUGCUUACACUCGGGUGCACCUUUCAAAACGGUCUCACUUUCAGUCUGUCCGUCAUUCUUACGUUGAAGGGCGUCACAUGGUUGACGCCAGAUGCGGUGGAGCGGGCGCAGUCGUACAUAUUUCUCUACAACAUUGUAUGUUCCUUCGGGUUGUGGGCGAUUGGAGAGCCGCUUAUACGGUCCUGCAAGCAGAAGCUUGUCCAAGAGCGCCUUGCACGCCGUCGGAGGCAGCUUCCACCGACGCAACCACCACGCCACGAUACGACUAGCACGGUCCACUCCAUUAUCAUUUACCCAUACGAAUCGCAUUUCCCAAUUGGCGAUGGCAAUGACGGCGGCGAUAACGAUGCUUGGGGAUCCGCUGCUGCCGCAGAAGUGCUACCACGGAGCGAAGUCAACCAGGCAUUUUCUCUAUCACAAACACCGAAUCAGGGGGAGGAGAUGCAGGUGAGGAAGGCAACUNCAGAGGAGCAGCUGGUGUGGUACCGUCCGCCUGACGGCGCGUCACCCAUUUCUCUCACGGGGUUGCCUGGUGGUGUAUCUUCCUCGUCUUUAUCAUCAUGGGCAGUGAUGAGUCGACUCGGAGGCAUUAUGCAGAGUCCGCCAAUCGCUGUAAGUCUGGGGGCCGUCUUCAUUUCGUUGGUGCCGCCGCUGCGGUGGGUCGCGGAGUCACCCCUUGGUAGUGUGGUUAUUGGCGGGAUGAAGCUUAUCGGUGCAGGGGCAAUUCCGCUUCAGUUGCUCGUACUUGGCUGCACCGUUGCGGCGUCGCGUCCUCCCCCUGUUGAUGCUGCUGCAGGUGGUGCUGGUCGUGGGGGGAGUAAGGGCGGUAAGAUUAAUGAUGGGGAUGAUGAUGAAGAGAGCGAUGAUCGCAAUGACACCGCGGUGGGAGAGAAAUACUUAUGUGUCACACUCACACAGCCGACACUCUUCGCCAUAUUGACGGUGGGUCUUCGUCUUGUUUUUAUCCCAGCCGUGUGUUUUCUGGUGAUACACUUCCUUCUCAUGGGAGGCAUUAUUCCAUCGGACAGGGUGUUUCUGCUGUCCAUGCUGCUGGGUACGUGCGCGCCAACCGCCAUUAACUCUUCGUUAAUCUGUUCCAUGCACGAGUACAAGGCUCGAUCUUAUGCACAGAUGAUAUUCACAAUGUACCUCAGUGCCAUUGUGACAACCGCCUUGUGGUUAGCCUUUUACAUCUGGUAUUUGGGUUAG